AUGGACCGCUUCGAGAUCGAGCGUCGAAGUAACAGCCGCACCAGCAGUGUGUCGGGCAGGUCUGCUCAUUCCGAACGGAGCUGGAAUUCUCUCACCCCCCAGGAGCAGGAGCUGGCCGAUAGCUUGCAGACGCAGCAGCUCCGCCUGGAGUCCCUGGCCCACAAGAGCUCGGGUAGUACGAGCAGCAGCGGUUCGGAGGCUCGGGACCGGCUGAGAGAAGCGGAGGCAAGAGAGCGCGUCAUAGAAUUCCAGCAGCGUGACAGUGCAGGACCAACUUCAGCACACCGCGAUCAGAGUGGAAGUCUGUCCCCACGAGCUGCCGAAUACAUCCGUGAGUAUGCUGACAGGUGUCAUCAAGGUCAUGGUCAUGCGAAGAAGAAAUCGAAUCCUCGAAGUAACUCUGCCAGCAGCGCCAGGAGCGGCGGCAGUGGAAGCGACAUUGCUGGAACAGGAAGCUCAUCCGGCCCCGGCAAGAGCGAAGGUGGUCACGUCACCGAACUGCAAGACAAGAUAUCCGCUCUUGAGGUAGCUCUGAAAGAGCGCGAUCAGCAGGCCUCACAAAUGAUGUCCGACUGCUACGACAUCGACGAGCAGAACCAAACGCGGCUGAUCCUGCUAGAGACGGAACUCCGGGAGGCGCUCAAGGCAAGGAAGACCGCAGAAGAUGAGCGCCUUGUCCUGGAGGUGAAAGCUGCGGGAGACAAGGCGCGUUUUGUGUCGUCACUGGAAUAUGAGAAGUCGGAGAAUGUGAAGUUUCUCGAGAUGCAUCGCAGCAAUGAGCUCAAAGCCAGCGAGGCACGGAAUGAACUCGAAGAAGCCCGCCAGGAUCUGGCAAAGGAGAAACAGCGCAAAGAUGUUGAAGAAGAUCAUCAAGUCAAGAUGAAGGCAGUCGCAGACAAUCGCAUUGAAGCACUGGAAGCCUUGUUGAAGAAUGCAAACAACCAGCUGGCGGAAUCAAGGAGACAAGGCAGCAAAUGUGGCACAGCAAGAGAGCAAGAUCUUCAGCAGCAGAUUGACGUGCUACUGGAGGAGAAGCUCCAGAACCGAAGGGACAUGAGCGAAGUGCGGCUGGAACUGCUGGGCCUGAAGAAGAAGCAUGCAAUGCAGGUGAUAGACCGCCCGGAGCCCGCACCUUCGCCGGUGACGCGUCGCAGUGGAGGAAGAGGACGUGGCAGAGGGCGUGGGCGAACAUGGGGCAAAGGCACUCUGGACAUCAUAGAUGAAGAGGAGGAUGGCUAUGAGGAGCUGCCACAACUGGAAGACGACUCUUGGGCGAGCGACUGUGUGAGCAGCGACGCCGGAGACUUCGAUCAGCUCACAAACCCAGACAACACAGCCCAGAACGACUUGUUGAGCAAGCUGCUGCUGGAGCUGUCAGAUGAGCGCAAGUCAACACAGAACUUGCGCGAGGACCAUGCCAGCCAGAGUGCAGAGCAAACUGAGCAGAUAGCGGCCUUGCAAAAGCAGCUGGCGGAGUCUGGACUCGAGCACGAAAAGGCUGCUGCAGAGAAUGCCCGCCUGAGAGAGAGGGGGAACCAGGACAAGAUCAAGCAGCUGCGAAUAGUGGAUGAUUUGAACCUGAAAGUCCGAGAUCUAGAGGACACAAUGCACCUCCAAGUGACGCAGAUGAAGGAGCAGACAAACAAAGAACAGCAGGAGCAAUUUGAGAAGAACGUGUUGCAGGAAAAGAUCCAAAUGCAGACAGAAUCACUCCGCAUUGCUAGUUUGCGCUUGCAAGAUGCACUUCAGCAGCAUCAAAGCGAAGCGAUGCGUCAACUGCAACAAGUGAACUCCUUGAAGCUGGCUCUUGCAAUGGAGCGCAAGCGAAAUGCUCGGAGCAGCACCUCAACAACGGAGGCCGGCGAGGAUCUUGGUCCUGAAGAUGUGCGGCCAGAGGAUGUGCUCGUUCAGCGGGUAAAGGAGCUCGAGGAAGAGCGAAAUCUUUUGCUCAGCAAGAUAGAGGUCAAGGAUGUGCAGCACCAGGUGCAGUUGGAAGACACCUAUCGCGAUCACGCCCAGAGACUUCGCGAGCAACAGAUGAGGUUUGAAGAGCAGAUUGCAGAGAUUCGUGCUCGAUAUGAGCAGCUGCUGAAAAUGUAUCCAAUGGUUCAAGGCCAGGACCAGGCCAGCAGCACACUGCAACAAGAGGGAAGAUCAAGCGAGGGCCUCCGAGUGUUUGAAGACUCCCGCUCCACCAGCACUACUGGCACCUCAACAGGCAUGCGUAGCGAGAUGCUUCCACAAAUUCAAAGUGACCGUGUCAGCUCCAGCAUCGAGGCUGAGGCCAGCGACACACAGCGGCAUGGUGGCAUUGGCGGCGGCAGCGUUUGCAGUACUCCCGUGGCGCGCAGUGUGGUGAGCACAGGUGGAACGGGCUCUGGAGUUGAGAGCUCCACUGCCGAGAAUACCAGGAUACGCAGCAUGAUCUGGUCAAUUCUGGAGCUGAUUCCGAAUGCAGCCGUGAUGCUCUGCACCUUCGAAAACUUGGUCAUCGAGAGGGUCACUGCACGUGCAGGCGCCAUCUUCAGUGGACUGGAUCUGAUCGGCAUGUCCUUCUUCAACUUGCUCCGUGAGCGGAGUAACGCUGCGAUCCUGAGACGAAUGAUGCUGGUGAACCAGUCAAUGGCAGACAGCAGCCAAGCUGAAAUCUCAGCCUUUGCUGCGAAAACCCUUGGCCGAUUCGAGGUGCUUGCGAUGGCUGGAAAAGCCGUGGAUUCGGUGAUCUCCAUGGCUCACCUACCUGCUGACUCGAGUCAUGGUGCUGCAGGACAGGAUGAGCGUCGUGUCAUCCUCGUGUUAGCAGAGCAAACAAAGACGCAGCCAUUGCGCGGUGAGUUUUCCGUUGCCAGCAGCGACAUCUGCCCAAGUGACAGCGUGAGUGUGGGCCGUCGCCGGCCCCAGUUCGUGAGCAGCGAGGUGCAGAGAACACAGCUCAGAGCGUCCUUCUUCUCAUCGAUGAAGUCGAGGCUCUCAUCCGCCUCCUCCGUGCCAUCGUCUCCGCGGAAUUCGUUAGUCCCUGAAUGA